AUGUCCGUCGGCAGUGCGGGCAGCGCGAGAGAAAGCCCGAGGCCCGGCAGCCGCGACCGAGGACCGAGCCAAAGCGGUCAUCGGGGGUCUUUGUCCUACAAGGAGCGCUGCGUGGACCCCUCCGAGCCAGAAUCCCCUCCGAAAGACUCCAACGGGAAGGAGAGCGACACCUUCCUGCCUUCGUCGGCCGAACUCCCGGCCGCCACGCAAAGCUGCAAUCCCUGCGCUUCUCCGAGGGCCUGCGGGACUUUAAUGUGCAGCGUCCUGACGUGCGGCCUGUACAGAGUGUGCCUGCGAGCCCCGUGCCUGGCGCCCAUCCGGAGCGUCCCGGAGGAGCCGGAAAAAGUCAGCCUCCGCGCAGAGAAUCCGGCAGAGCGCCAAGAGGGGGAGGAGGAAGACGACGCCGACUGGCUGGGGGACGUCCGCAUCGCCGGAGUCAAAGUGGACAGCCCGAGGCAUUACAUCGACGACGACCCGGCGACCUACGUGCCUCCGACGCAGCCCUGCCACCCGUCCUUGGACGAGGUCAUACGGCUGGACGACUGGGAGGACGGCGAGGAGAACGUGGACUCGCUGAUCACCAAGAAGUUGCUGCAGCUCUACACCGAGUACCAGAUCGAGGAGUUGGCCCGCUGCACCACCGACUCGGUGUUCCUGCGCAAGAGCAAGGCCAUCAACCAGCUCAUCAACUCGCUGGCCGAGGAGCACCAGAUGGACGAGCAGGAGGCCGAGUGUCGGCUGGUGCGCGGCAUCAUCCGCAUCAGCACGCGCCGCAGCAAGAAGAAGCGUCCGGCGGCCUCGCGCCGGGAGAGGACGCUGUCGGACAGCGGCAACGACACCAUGAGGGAGAGCGCCUCUCUGGCCUGCGGCGGCAACAACAACGACUACAAAUCCAAUCCCAACAUCCAAAUAUCAGAAUUGACCUCCUCUGACAAGUGUGCCCGCGACAUUUGGAGGAACACUGGUGGUCGCGCGUCCAGCUCGACGUCGACAAGCUACACGCCCUCCCACGCCGAGACCAACUCCUCGGGCGCCCCGCUCAUUCGCACAUCGGUUAGAACAUGAAUCUGUCCACAAAUGUUCUGGGGGUCCUCCAUUCACGAGCGAGUUCCGCUGCUGCGGCGGCAUCCGAAUUUGCCCCGGAAGUCGCCAUCGUCUAAGUCAUUACGAUCAGUAUUUGAGGAAAAACAGUUUGGAGGUGAAGUAUCAAACAAUCAGAUGUGGUCACCCAGCAUUAUUCUCACGCCGCCACGCACGCAAACAAGCUCACGGUUUGCGACCUUUCAACUCUGCGCCGUCGUGAACCGAGGACCGCCCAUACACGUUCCCCCGCGUGGGUGCGGACCACACGUCAGCUCAGGGCUCCCCGCUUUUAGAUUUAAUCUACGUUUGUGCGUACCCGAUUCAUUCUUGGAAUUGAACGCCACGUUGCCAGCAGCUCACCGUUUUUUUUUCCCCCAACAUCCAUUCUGUCCUCCAUCUAAUUGACGUCUCGUCUUAUGGCCAUACAGGGAGUUGCCCGCCGCAUGCUAAUCCUCACAAGUUGAAACGAAGCAAGCUUUUUCAGGUGCAUUUGUGGCCCCGUGCGUUAACAACGCUGUUCUAAACACGCAAACGGAACUCGUCACUGUUAGUUUCUCACGCGAAUGAAUUGUGAAAAGUUGGGGGAAGUCAUCCACCUGCAUCUGGUGCUUACUUUGGACUUGUGCGCCUCUGGUUUUGCUUUCAAUCAAUGCGUGUGUAUGUAUAUGUGUACAUACAUAUAGAAAAAAAAAAGAAUCCUCGUCUCACCCCUCGGGUGGCGUCCGUCCGUCCCUCAUUCAGCUCGGGUCCUCUACCAGAGGCCAGGAAGCUUGAGGGUUGUGCGCAGUAUCCUUGCCGUUCCCAGCGCCGCACAUUUCUGGGCUGAGAUGUCCGAUGUUGUUCCCGGGAUCUGUGGAAGCGGAGAUGGGCGAGAUGCGAGAUAUCUAGAUAUAUGCAUGCAUGCAGAUCACGCUCUGUUUUAUAACUGUUUUUUUUUUAAAACGUCAUAAUUAAGUGGUUUGGAAAUAAAUCCAGUGGCUACAUA